GGGAAACGCGUUCUGAAAGUGCAGUUAGAUAUUCUAGUUGUAUGAUUUUAAGAAACUGAUAAAAGAGUGUUCAUAUCGACUGGUUUCAUGAAAAUCGCGAUGAAUAUUGAUAGUCUUUUUCUUCAUUACAUAUUCGUUUCUCUAUAAAGUAAGUUCGUAAUAUUUUGAAGUUGCAAACUUAACGUUAAUGCUUUCUGAAGUUGACAGGCGUCAACCUGUAAAUUAGUUAACGUCAAUUUGUCGAGACCAUGAAACCUAGCCUGCAAAAUCAGUAAACUUAACGUCGGCUAUGUUUACAACAGUUUGCAUCAAUAACAUGCUAACUGUCAACAUUAACCUUGGGUAACGAUAACGUUACUCGAGGAGGUGAGGAACAUAGAAGUGCAGCCUGCUAAUGUAAGUGACUAUAUUAGCAUUUACUAGUUCCCUAGCCACAUUCGGUUUUAUGUAUUGACAGUCAAAGGUUUUAUGCCUCAAAGAAGUGUAACAUUAUCGAUAGCUUCCUCUUUUUCCCUUAGCUUCAUUGACUACCAUGACAACCAGGCGGGUACCAUAUCUAGCUACAUAGCUAAGUAGCGUUAUGCUAGUUGUGCUAACCAUACACAGAUGGCCAGCUUCCUAGCUAGCAGUCAAUGCUAGUCUAAUCCCAUUUUCUAAGGGUUGGCACGGGCAGUUUAAACUAGGUUCCUUCUAAAUCCUCGCUGGUGGGGGUACACGUCUGUAGCUAACCUAUCCUGUUACCUGUGCUGCAUAGCAACUGGUAGGUUUGGGCAGGCUCAGAGAAGUCCAGUUGAUGUCUUGACUGUUUGAAUUUACAGUUGGAUAACUUUCACCAGGUAGGCAGGCAGGUACAUGUAGGCAGUCUGUUUUCAUCGGAUCAUCAUGUCUCGUCGCUUGACCAAAGAAGAGUUGGACCUUCAGUUUGAACAGUUUCUGAAGGAGUCUGUGUCUGAUGACUCUGUGGAGUUGGGCUCUAAGGUCCCCAGCGUGCUAGACAGCCUGGGCAAAGCACCACCACCACGGGCAGAGAGGCAGAAGGCUGCUCCUGCUCGGCCCUGGUGGCAGGAUGACGACAAUGAUGAUUUUGGUUUGUUGGGCUCUGGUAGAACAUUCCGGAAGUCUCUGAGGAAGUCCCAGCCUAUCCAGGAGGAGGAUGAGGAGAAGCCUUCGAGACGAGCAUCUGGAGAUGAAGAAGAACUGGGAGCAGCAGAGAGGUCCGCAAUCGGCUUCUUCAGCAGGGACAGCCUGGAACCUGAUGACUCGGUGAUGGCGUCAGGCCCCGUGGACGUGGCGUCCCGCUCAGGGCUGGACACUCUGGAGGAGGAAGAGGAGGAGGAGAGGCGCCGCUUCUUCGCCCGCCUGGAGGGCGGCGCCAACUCCACCAUCGACUACUCUCGCCUCAACCGUGAGCUGGAGUCAACCGGCUCCACCCUCACCACCCUGCUCAGGAGGACAGAGGUUCCUGAAGAUGUGAAAGACAAGGAAAGUAAACCCUCUGAACCUGAGAAAGUCUCCCCAGGCGGCUCUGCUGACUACAGCGAGGACUUCGAUGAGGACGAGGCCAGCGAGAGACAGAAGGAGCCACAGGAGCAGAGACCAGAUAGGCCUGGCAUGCUGGCUAAAGUGUCGCUGCAUGACUCACUGAACUCCACUGAUGGAGCGCUGGCCCCUGCGGAGGCGUCUUCUGGUAGCAGCGAGGAGGAGGAGGAGGAGGAAGAGCGGGGCAAGAAGGAGGACGGUGAAGCCCACACUACUGAGGCCCCAGCAGGUCAGUCGUAUGGUCAGAGUGGGGCCAGUGAGGUGGAGGCCUUGCAGGAGGCGUACAGGCAGCUGAGCCGCUCAGCGGAGGAGUCGGAGGUCAGAGAGCAGAGGUCAUCGUUGGCAGCAGGAGGCAUCACCAGCCAAACCCUGUCUCCUGCAGGCCCCCUCACCUCCACACUCAAGCCUGCCUCCACCACCGAGUCAGACCUGCCCACUGCUGAGGAGCUCAUGCGCCCCAUUGGUCCAGACUCCAGCUUCACCCGCGGCUUCUCUCUUCACCCAGUCAGUGAGGAGCAGCAGCAGCAGCAGGAGGAGGUGGUGAGGGAGCCACGAGAGAAGAGCCCAGCCAGGGGACGACCGCAGGACGAGGAGAAGGACGAGGAGGAGGAGGAGGAGGAGAAGGAGGAGGAGCGGCCGGUCUCGGCGACGUCACACCACAGGGGCAUCGCCGAGGAGGUGCGCAGACUCAUGGAGGAGCAGGAGGAGGAAAGGAAGACCUCCAUACGACAACUCCCCAGCAGCAAGGCGAAGGCCCGGAAACGACAACCUGCUUGGCGGCCGACCAUCUUCGCCCCCACCUCCGCCUCUGCACACAAGGCUCAGGUCCCAGCUGCCAAGCCCAGUCCGGCCCAGCCCGCCGCAAAGACCCCUGGGACGGUCCGCGUCGGACACGCGGCUAAACCUCCGUCUCCGCUUGUCCACAGGAAGCACCAGAAUCAGGAGCAGCCUCCGAGCAGAAUCCCCAUUCUGGGACAAACGCAGACAAUCACAGCAGACUCGGGGGCCAGCCUGCGUGUGAGCAGUGACCUGGUGGCCUCCGUGCAGUCGUUUGCAUCCUUCCUCCAGCAGCAGAUGGAGGCCAGCAGCAACAGCCUCAACGUGGACACUGGCCACACCCCAGCACUCCCAAAGCCUUCAGGAGAGGCAGUGGAUGGAGGCGGAGGAGGGGCUGGUGCCGGGGAGUCGGGGCCCGCCCUCGCGAUGCCCACCGCUGGGGAGAGGAGCUCCGUGGAGCGGCUGAGGCUCCAGCUGGCCCAGAGGGAGAGGGAGCUGUACCUGAGGGAGCAGGAGCUGCUGGAGGAGCACGCCCGCCAGAUCAGCAGCCUCAAGCAGGAGAACUACCUGCUGCACAGCAAGCUUCGACAAGCAGAGGAGGCGAGCCAGCCAGGAGUGCAGAGUCCAGGCCAGGCGGGGGACCGGGUGACCGAGGAGAAGCUUCGGCACCUGGAGAAGGAAGUGAGGGAGCAAGAGACCCUACUGCAAGGUUACCAUCAGGAAAAUGAGAAGCUCUAUCUGCAGGUGAAGGGCCUUCAGGCGCAGAACAAGCGUAAUGAAGAGGCCAUGUUCACAGAGAACCAGAGACUCCACCAUGAGCUGGCCAUUGCUAGGGAUAAGCUGAGCAGGAGCAGUGUGCACAGGACGGUGGGAGUUGUAGGCACAAGUGAAGAAAACUACAAUGUGGCAGAGCUGCUGGCACAAGUGAAAGCACUAGAGAGAGCAGAAGCCAGACUUCAGGAGGAGGCUCGCAGACUGAGGCAGGAGAAGCAAGCCUUGCAGGUUGACCUGGAUAUGAUGAAGAAGGAGAGAGACCUGGCCAAGAUCCAGACUCUACACACUUCAGGUGACCUUGGCUUUGAGAUGAAGGUCCAGGAGCAGAGGCGUCAGGAGGAGGUGGCUGCCCUGAAGAAGCGGCUGCAGUGGUACGCUGAGAACCAGGAGCUGCUGGACCGAGACGCCGGCCGCCUGAGGGCAGCCACUGCCGAGGUCAAGGUCCUCACUGAACAGGUGGACAGGCUGAAGACUCAGGUGGACAGCAGAGCCAGCCAGCAGCAGAGGAGGAUUAAGGAGAGGGCGGCUGACGCCAGGAGGAUCCUGGACCUGGAGCGACAGGUCAAGGAGAUGGAGGAGAUCUUGAGGCGUCGGCACCCUAACUCUCUCCCAGCCUUGAUGUAUGCGGCGGCGGCAGCAGAAGCGGCGACCGCAGCCGGCGUGGCGGAGGAGAAGAAGGAGAAGGGAAGUGAGGUCACGGAGCGCUCCCCAGCGUCGCCCUCGCCCAAGAGCAGCGUCCUGCUGCAGCGCCGCGUCCAGCGUCUGGAGGCCGAGCUGGAGAACCGGGACGAGGACGCCAAGCGCAGCCUCAGGGCCAUCGAGCAGCAGUUCCACAGGCUCAAGCUUCAGUAUGAGCAGCGGAUAGGCGAGUUGCAACAGCAGCUCUCCGAGAGACGCCAGACCUCCCAGAGGACUGGAGGAGCAGAGGAGGAGGAGGAGGAAGAGGAGGUGGUGUCGGCGCGUGUCCCCUCCCUUCAGGCGGAGGUGCGCAGGCUGAAGGAGGGGCAGACGCGGCGUGAGACGGCUCUGCAGGAGGAGGUGGCCAGUCUGCGGGAGCAGCUGGGAAAGGCCCAGGAUCUUCAUCAUCCUCAUCCUCAUCCUCAGCGCAGCCCGGGCGCCUCCACCCAGAGGCACCAGCGGCAGACGGAGGAGGCGCAGGCGGCGCGCGUGGAGCGCCUCACGGGCGAGCUGGCCGCCAAGAGCCUCCGCCUGCAGGAGCUGAGCCGCACCGUGGAGCGCCUGCAGCGCGAGCGCCGCACCAUGCUGUCGGGACGCUGGGCGGGGGGCAAAGGUCACGAGGCCAAAGGUAAGGGCGGAGCGGGAGUGGGAGCAGGAGCGCCCUGCGGCGCCGACGCCGCCACCAAGGCUACCAUGACGACGGAGAGCUUCCCGGCCACGCAGGACGAGAAGGCGUACCAGCCGGCGGCGUUCGCGGACUCCCACAUCUCGGAGGUGCAGGCGGAGAGCGACAGGCUGCGGGAGAGACUGGAGAAGCUGGAGCAGGAGACGCAGCACCAGAGAGAGGCCCUGCAGCAGGCUGCCGCCCACACACAGGCCGAACUCCAGAGGGUCAAGGAGCACAGUGCCCAGCAGCUGGCCUUAGUCUCUGCUGACCACCAGAGGGAGCUGGAGAGACUACGCACCCGCCAUGCCCUGGAGCACUCCACCUCCAAGGUGGCCGAACUGACCAAUCAGGUCAGCUCUCAGGAGAUCAUGGUGCGUCAUCUGCGUGAUCAGCUGAAGGAGCUGCAGGGUACCAAGGAGGCGUUGACUGUGUCCAAACUCCGAGAGGACACUCUUCAGAGUCAGCUGACGAGGUUGCUAGAGGAGCUGAAGCAGGCCAAAGAGGCGCACAGUCCAGAGCUACGUCACUUCACCAGUCUGGAGCGCAAGAUCCACAGCAUGGAGCUCCGCUACACAGAGAGAGAGAAGGAACUGCAGCAGGUGAUUGCUGAGACGCGCGUGGCGACGCAGGCGGAGCUGCAGGGUGAGCUGGAGCGCUGGAGGCAGUUGGCUCAGAGCCGCAGCCGUGAGCUGGACGCCUUCCGCCUGGAGCUGGACGCCAUCCUGGACGUGCUGCGGGAGCUGCAGAGGCAGGGGGUGGUCAUCCCGGCCCCCGAGCGCACGCGCAUACCCUGGACCAGAUGACCGCUAUCAUCCCCGGCACACCCACAUACCCUGGACCAGAUGACCGCUAUCAUCCCCGGCACACCCACAUACCCUGGACCAGAUGACCGCUAUCAUCCCCGGCACACCCACAUACCCUGGACCAGAUGACCGCUAUCAUCCCCGGCACACCCACAUACCCUGGACCAGAUGACCGCUAUCAUCCCCGGCACACCCACAUACCCUGGACCAGAUGACCGCUAUCAUGGAGACGGAUGGAGGGGGUGACGGUGGCGCUCACGGCUGCCCCAGAAUGCUCCUCUCCUCUCCUCUCCAUCCUAGACAUCUUGCUGUGUCUUGUCAAAUGCCCCUCCAAACCUCACAGGGGUAGGACAGUUAGGGUAGGGAGGGAUUUAUUUUUUUUUCCCCAGAGCGCAGUUUUGCCCUCUACUGCGCCUCCUUUUCUGGGAGAGAUUGUGUGUGUGUGUGUGUGUGUGUGUGUGUGUG